UCUCAAUCAGUUCGGCCGGGGCCGGAUAAAUAAUUACUUAAUUAAUGGGUACGGGAGAAAUAAAGUCGGCUGAGGGACAUCUUCAGGCGACACCAGCGGAGGAGGAGGAGGAGCAGCAGGCGGGUGCAGGCAGUUUUGAAAUAGUGGGGAAUAAUAAUUUAUCGAAAUUAAAUAGGAAGAAGCUGGGGAAUUACUUCAUGGAGUCAGAUGAUCGGCGUACAGCACUAAGCGGAGGGUAUACGGGAGGCGGUGGAAUGACGCCAGUGAAUAUCCACGGGAAGCCAAUCGUGAACCUGUCCAAGACCGGCGGCUGGAUUGCAGCUUUGUUCAUCUUCGGCAAUGAGAUGGCGGAGAGGAUGGCAUAUUUUGGGCUGGCAGUGAACAUGGUGCUUUUCAUGUUCUACGUUAUGCAUAGGCCUUUCUCAACCGCCGCAAACGCCGUCAAUAACUUCUUGGGUAUCUCUCAGAUCUCCUCCGUGCUCGGCGGCUUUCUUGCCGAUGCUUAUCUCGGCCGUUAUUGGACCAUUGCUAUUUUCACCACCAUUUACCUCGUCGGUUUGACCGGAAUAACACUAAGCGCAACAAUGAACAUCUUCACCCCAAAUCAAUCAAACUGCGAUAGACUUUCUCUCCUCCUAGGCAGCUGCGAACCUCCAAAACCAUGGCAGACGCUCUACCUCUACACAGUCCUCUACAUUACCGGUUUCGGAGCCGCCGGAAUCCGACCCUGCGUGUCUUCUUUCGGCGCCGACCAGUUCGACGAGACGAGCCGUGACUACGCAGCCCAUCUCGACAGAUUCUUCAACUUCUUCUACCUCUCCGUCACCGUCGGAGCGAUUAUCGCCUUCACGGCUGUCGUUUAUAUCCAGAUAGAGCAUGGAUGGGGCUCUGCCUUUGGUGCGCUGGCUAUAGCCAUGGGAAUUUCCAACUUUGUCUUCUUUGUGGGGACGCCUCUUUACCGGCAUAGGGUUCCCGGAGGCAGCCCUUUGACUAGGGUGGCGCAGGUGGUGGUGGCGGCGUUCAGGAAGAGGAAGGUUCCGUUUGAUAGUAGUGAGCUUGUGGGAUUAUUUGAGGUUUCUGGAAAGAGAUCUGCUAUUAAAGGAAGCAAGAAGAUUGCUCAUACUGAUCGAUUCAGAUGGUUGGACAAGGCGGCUCUGAAACUAAAGGAAGAAGGUAUCGAGGCGAAUCCAUGGCGGCUUUGCACAGUGACGCAAGUGGAAGAAGUGAAGAUACUGAUAAGGCUGAUUCCAAUACCAGCGUGCACAAUAAUGCUGAAUCUCGUGUUAACCGAAUACCUAACCCUAUCGUUUCAACAAGCAUACACGCUCAACACUCAUCUCGGUCGUUUAAAGCUUCCGGUGACUUGUAUGCCGGUAUUUCCCGGUCUCAGUAUUUUCCUCUUUCUCUCUCUCUAUUACUCCACCUUCGUUCCUCUCUCUCGUCGCAUCACCGGCCAUCCUCACGGAGCCUCGCAGCUUCAAAGAGUCGGAAUCGGCCUGGCUGUCUCCAUCAUCUCCGUUGCCUGGGCUGGACUUUUCGAAAGAUACAGGAGGAAUUACGCCAUAGAUCACGGAUACAAGGAGAGUUUUCUGAGUUCGAUGGACGAUCUGAGCGCAUACUGGCUGUUGAUACAGUACUGUCUGAUCGGGAUCGCAGAGGUGUUUUGCAUCGUAGGAUUGCUAGAAUUUCUGUACGAGGAGGCGCCGGACGCUAUGAGAAGCAUUGGAUCCGCUUACGCGGCGGUGGCAGGAGGUUUAGGAUGUUUUGGUGCAACUAUACUCAAUAAUAUCGUAAAAUCGGCAACUGAAGACCUGGCAAACAGUCGCCCGUCAUGGCUGUCGCAGAACAUUAACACCGGCCGAUUCGACUACUUUUAUUGGCUGCUUUCGAUUCUGUCUUUGGCCAACUUCUUUCUCUUCUUAUUCUUUGCGCGGAGGUACAAAUAUAGAACAAAAAACGAAACAUCACCAACAACAAUAUUGGCUUGACCCAUCAGCACUUACUUAAUUACUUAUACAAUCCUCCUCUCCUUUCUUCGUUUACCCUUCUUUUUAUUUUAUUCUUUUUUACUUUUACAAAUACUAUGGUGUUGUUGUUUAGCAUUUUAUUAUAUUUAUUAUUCUUCUACCCACAGCAAAAACCUUUUACUCUUAAUUUCAAUUUACUUUAGUAUAUCUCCAAACGUCAACAAUAACUAUGGGCCACAUUGUUAUUUGA